AAGAAACACAAUCACGAGUUCUGUAAUAUUUGGGAAGUCGGCGAAGCUUAAUCAGGAAGGCAGAUUUAUUUCAGUAUCCUGUGUCUUGGUGAUCUUGAUUAAUGUCUGUGGCGCAGCAUUUUAUUCAACCCCAACCACAAAUCGUAACUCAACCAUCAGCAUUUGUAUAAUUGUUCGGGAUCACUAUUCCUUUUCGCCAAUUCCAGAAUAAUAGUCAACAUCAUGCUGUGCGAGAUAUGCGACCAACUAUCCGUUGAAAAACUUGUGGGGUUAUUUAUCGACAGUGAUGCAAAACGUACAGCGCCUUACUAUCGACUUCCAGAUGGCGCCUGGCUUCCCCAUCACUCAUCUUACAAAAACCUAGUCGCCUCAGCAAAAAAUGGGUGCGAAUUCUGCAAUGAGAUCUGGGCUUCCUGCAAACUUUCCAGGCACCAUUAUAGACAAGGAGACGGUGCAAAAACGAGAGAUUAUGACAGCGUAGAAAAGGUUCUCCAAUCCCUGGAACCCGAAGAUGUUUCUGGGAACACCCAAUUAGAAGUAUGCAUCACUUCAUCCCGUAUUGCUUCCGUGGAGUCAAAGAGGCGUAUGGACACGUUGGUUGUCCGCGUUGGGCGUUUUGACCUUGUGGUGGAAUUCAAGCUUACCUGUCCUCGUGAGGAAAAUCUACGAUUCGGUGGCUACAGGAUUGGAAGAUAUGAUAUUUCCCCUGACUUGGGUUCUGACGCCAGCUUUAACGUAGCAAAGAGCUGGCUUUCUACAUGUCAAGAACAGCAUCAGGAAACCUGCGUGCCAAUCCAGCCCACAACUCUGCCCGACCGUGUACUUGACGUUGGGAACUCAAAAGUCUCCAAGGAUCUCCAGUUACUAGAGACAAGCGGCACCCAAGGCGUUUAUUUGACGCUCAGCCAUAGCUGGGGAGACCCAGCAGGUGUUCUCCAAACCACGACGCAAAACUUGUCCCAAAUGAUAAAACACAUCGAAUUUACGACGAUGCCAAAUACAUUUCAAGAUGCCGUUACCAUUACCCGAAAACUUGGUUAUCGAUAUCUUUGGAUUGACUCACUGUGCAUUCUGCAAGACUCACGAACGGACUGGGAGACCGCCUCCGUGAAAAUGGGCGACAUCUACAAGGACUCGGCCCUCACCAUCGCCGCAGCAGUCUCAACUGGCAGCAACGGGAAUCUGAUUCAUGUCUAUGAACAACCACCAGUUCCCAUUCUCCACAACUCUCUAAAAUUAAAUGCUAGUGGUGAUUCUCACAGGCCGGUUUCCAUACGCCGAAAAGAGAAAUAUGAAGACGAACUGAUAGACGGAAUUGUCAAAUCGCAUCUUGCCACGCGUGGUUGGGCACUCCAGGAGCGGUAUCUGUCAGAACGCAUCUUGUACUACGGGAAGAGGCAGCUCUACUGGGAAUGCCGAGGUCUUCUUUGUGCCGCCGAUGGCGACGAGCCAGAUAAAUACAACGAAAACCAGUUCUGGCGCUGGCAUAACCGUCCGCAAGACAUCCAGAAGUUGACGCCAAACUCAACCGCAGCAGGCAUUACUCCAUCCAAGUACAUGGAGUUCUGCUCCACAUGGUAUAGCAUCCUCGAGCAAUACAGCAAGCGCAAUUUAACCGUCGCAAGCGACAAACUCCCUGCCAUUUCCGGGGUCGCUGCGCAGUUUGCCCAUUUGACGGGUGAUAAAUACGUUGCUGGUCUAUGGGAGAGAGAUUUGAGAGUUGGAUUGUUAUGGCGCUGUGAAGAGCCCAAGAAUUCUCGCCGGCCACGAGAGUUUCGGGCACCGACGUGGAGCUGGGCGGCUCUGGAUGCUGAAAUUUCUCUUGGUUAUAGUGAGCGCAAUGUGGGUGGCACAUUGCAUGAUGCUGAAAUUGUUGGCUGGGAUAUGAAGAUGGCCGGAAGGGAUCCUUUUGGGGGCGUGGAAUCCGGUCACAUUACGCUCAAUGGAUACUCGUGGCCACUACUAAAGAUCGAUGGGGACAUUAGCAAAGCCGAUAUCGAGCAUGAUGUGUAUUUUGGACACCCAAUCUUUGAUGUUGCAAGCGAGGGAAAUAGCGGCGAUAUGGCAGAUGCAUAUUUCGACACGGCCAACCAAAGAUUCAUAUGUGGUUGGAAGGAGACUAAAGCCGAUGAGAUCGUAGAAAUAAGACCCGAGUCUCUCACUCUUUUCCUGGUUCGCAUGAUAGUGGCCAUUGGCUAUACCGGAGAAAGGAUUCCCGACCCAGAGGAGACGGAUACACCCCAUUUUAAUAGACAUGCGCACUAUGGAGCAUUAAUUCUUCGGGCUGCCUCUGGCGACAUGCCGCUUUAUGAGCGGGUGGGAUAUUUAAGCAUGUAUUGUACGUUAUCUCGGUAUGAAAAGGCUUGGACAAAGUCGACAGUUACUAUUGUAUGAAUAUAUAUAGAUAGGAAGGAAAAUAAUUUAAAAAUAAAAAGUACACGACA